AUGGCUUCUCCGUCUUUCCGCGUGGCUCCAGAGGCCGCGGGGUCUGGGGCGUCUUUGGGGUCCACGAAGCUACUCCCCUCGCCUCUCCAUGCGGACCAUGACUUGCUCGCCAGCAAGAAGGCUCAGGCGCUUUUCAACAGCCAGAAAAGCACCGCCUCCGCCCUCGGCAUAUCCACGCGCUCCACAGCGCUGUACAGCAGCGACUCGGGCGCCCUCAACAACAGCGCCAACAGCCUGAACAGCAGCACCGGCUUCGACAGCACAGGUGUUCAGAGUCUCACGUGCUCGAACGCCGUAGCUCCCACGCUCCAGGCGGGAAUCAUGGUGGAGCCCAAUGUGGCAGAUGCACCCGUGACGCCCACGCGAGCUGCCGCGGCGAACCACGGAGCGACGAUGGUCACGCCGACAAACCAGAGAGACGGAAACGACAAAUCUGCUUCGCAGGGGGUUUGGUGCAGCUGCAGCGGGAGCGAAUCUGGCGUGGAAGAUGGCACGGCGUCGCACGAGGGUGGCAUGUUCCGGCAUGGCGGCUCUGCUUCGGCGCACCAGAAGCGCUUCAGAGCCCAGACUCGCAACGCCUCCUCGUCGAGCCGCAGCGCCGGUGUCUCCAUGCGAAGCCAAGCGAACUUGGCCGAAGUCAAUGGGCCGCUUCUGGUCCGUGGGCUGCUUGCUGCAGCUGGAGCCAGUCAGAGCAACUCGUCUUCCGGAGUCUGGACGUCCGGUCUCAACGCGCCUGACAAUCGCCUCCUCUCGUAUUCCGGAGCCUCGGCGAGCGCGUUGAACUCAGGCAUCGCUCAGGACCCACGGCUCUUCCUCCACGCGAAGACACCCGAGUCUCUGUGCAAGUCCGCCGGCUCCCCGCAGCCUCUCUCUGGCGCAGCGAGCACGCGCAUCGGCACCCACCUGACCACGCCAGGCAGCUGCCAACACAGGGUUGACAACCUCGGUCUGCCCGCGGACUCCACUGUCGGCGCCGUGCGACGCGCCCUCGAUCAGUGGUUCGGGGUCAGCAGCAGCGGCUCUGACUGCGCGAAUGCCUCUGUGCCGAUCCUCGGGAAUGCCCGCAGUCACCGCUUGACUGAAGCCAUGAUGGCCGCCGGUGGAGUCGGUCUCGGCAUUCCGGACCCGGGCGCGAACUGCGGGUCCUCCACGCCCUUCUUGGGCGGUUCCAACCCCAUCAGAGGCACGGACCGCGCGGCCGCGAGCGCCGCGCCUUCAGUUGUCGGCGCCGGCUCAGCCACCUCCGUCUCCUGUCGCAGCUUUUGCAGGGGAGCCUCCUGCGACACCACGAAGAAGUCCACUGACCCAGCGAAACAAUCCACAGGUACAAGCCAAGCAAAGGCUUCUGACGUCAGCCUGUCGGGUCUUUCCUCUUCGCAAGGUGCGACGCCUUCGGCAAAGAGAAGCUCCCACAAGACCAUUGGUCCCAAAGUCGCGGCAGAGAGUAUCGUUCCGGUCGCGGAGGGAACGAGCAAUUUGGCCGUCUACCGCGGCCCCGACCCACUUCCCACGUGCCUAUACCGCCGUUUGUAUGACCCCAUGGGUCCAGUAAUGUUUUCGUUUCCGCCUCUGCAAGGUGCGCAGCACCCUCGCGCGGAAAUUCGCUUGUGGCCGCGCGACGUGGAUCGCGUGAUCUCGCAAAACAGCAGCAAACGCAAGGUGCACCGCGCUGUCUGGCUCUCGCCCGUGGAGCCCAAGGUCGCGUUCCCUGUCGCGCUCAAGUUUGUUGAAGACGGCAACAUCCGCGACGGCCGCAGCAUCAAGCGAGAGAUCGAGUGUCAUCUAUAUAUAUACCAGCGGCUCGCUCAACUCAUGCAGGGCAAGACGUACAACCGGUUGGAAGACGCGUGGCCGUGUGCAGAGAUGUUUGGCUACUACCUCGACAAAAAAAACCCGGGCAUGUCGGUGUUGGUGACCCGCAAGCUCUCUGGGCCCGACUUUUUCGACGUCAUCCGCACGGAGCACACCUCGACCUUCAACGCGCGGACAGCGGUGCUGUACGAACAGCACAAGCUGCAGUGGUGUCUCCUGGCCAUGGAGCGUAUCGCGCAGUACAGCCGCCUGAGCAUUCGCCAUAACGACAUCAAACCUGACAACAUCGUGCUCGACUUUUACGCGGCGCCGGACUCGAACGAGCGACUGCUGGACGUCAAGCUCAUUGACCUUGGCACCGCCUCAAUGCAGCAUGCAAAGGACUUCACCGGCGGGACGUCGUGGUACGAGUCCCCCGAGCAGAAGGUUCUCGAGUAUCACACCAAGAAGCAACGCAACCUGGAAGCCGCAAAGCAGGUGGACAUCGGUCUCCCGUCCGACGCGUGGGGGGCUGGCCUCUCCAUCACAGAGGUACUGAUGGGACGGCGGGUCGUCGACGUGAUGAAGCCGCCGCUCGGUCCGGGUCCCCUGGACUUUCGCGGCGCCGAGGGUUGGGCGGUGGAGCCCAAAGACUGGGUCCGCUGCGCCCGACAGGCUCUGGGCCUCGACCGCGAGCACCAGCGCUUCCCCCUCUGCGCCGAGGCAGCUCGUCUGGUUUUCUCGAUGUUGGUUCGCCCCAAGCCGGCGAUGCGAGCGACCGUCGAAGACGUCCUGCCGCACCUUCGCCUGUUCGCCGACGAAGCGACUUUCCAGGCGAUACGAAAGUACCACGACCCCACGGCCACGGCGAAAUCCGCCUCCAACCCCUGCAACUUCCUCGUCUCGCCACGCUCGCUCGUGCGUCUCGACUGA